UGCUCGUCAGUCGGCCGCUUCAGUUGCUUGCCGAUAGUGAAAGGAGAGUAAGAUAUUGUCAAAAUGUCUGAGGUUUACAAAUUGGGUGAUCUAGUAUGGGCCAAAAUGAAGGGAUUCUCGCCGUGGCCUGGUCGGGUGUCCCACCCUUCCAAGGAUUUAAAGAAGCCUUCGAACACCAAAAAAGGCCCAGUGCAGUGCAUAUUCUUCUUUGGUACCAACAAUUAUGCAUGGAUAGAAGAAUCGAACAUCAAGCCCUAUCAUGAAUUCAAAGAGACCUUGGUUAAAUCCAGCAAAACAGGUGCUUUUAAAGAUGCAGUAGAGGCAAUCGAAGAUUUUAUUGCUAAAGGAGAGAUAUUUGAGGAUGGCCUUGAUCCUGACUCCUUAUUUGAUAGACUAAAAGAUGACACGAUCUCAGUUGAGAAGAGGACACCGAAGACGACUCCAAAAAUGCGCAAGGAAACUCCAAAGCAAAAACGAUUAGACAGCGCAGAAAUUCGUCGCCCAGCCAAAAAGCAAAGAACAGAGUCAAGUACCAGUAAUAGCAUUCGAGUAGGAAGCCUCAGUCCUGCUCUAAAUCACUCAGCUGCAGCCAGAAAAUCAGGAUCAACAUUAUUGAACAGACCGUCCAAUAUUGCCAGACCUGUGACUCCCCCACUUGAUGUGGAGACUCUUUCUCAAACUCUGAAGGAGAAGAACAUUAUGCCUUCAACUCUAAAAUUCGGCUUCCUGGGGCUUGGCAUCAUGGGCAGUGGAAUAGUUAAAAAUCUAAUCAACAGUGGACACAGUGUAAUAGUCUGGAAUAGAACACAAGAAAAGUGUAUAGACUUCGUGAAAGCAGGAGCUGAACAGGGCCUUACUCCCUCGGAUGUCGUUUUGGCGGCAGACAUAACUUUCUCGUGUGUUGCAGAUCCACAAGCUGCUAAAGAAAUGGUCUUUGGCAACUGCGGUGUCCUGUCAGAGAUGUCACCUGAUAAAGGUUACGUAGAAAUGACAGGAAUUGACGCUGAGACUUCUAAAGACAUCGCAGAGGCGAUAAAUGCAAAAGGCGGCCGAUACUUGGAAGCUCAAGUACAAGGCAGCAAAACUCAGGCACAAGAAGGCACUCUCGUUAUACUCGCAGCCGGCGAUCGGACACUUUUUGAUGAGUGUCAGAGCUGUUUCGAAGCAAUGGGAAAGAGCAGUUUCUACCUUGGGGAAGUAGGCAACGCGUCCAAAAUGAAUCUUGUUCUGCAGCUCAUGGCCGGCGUCACUUUGGCAGGUUUAGCAGAAAGUAUGGCUCUAGCUGAUCGAGCAGGUCUCCAACAGAAAGACGUUCUCGAGCUUUUAGAACUCACUUCCUUAGCUUGUCCAGCUAUUCUUGAAAAGGGAAAAGCAAUCAUUGAAGGAGGAUUUCCGACGCAACUACCUCUUCAGCACAUGCAAAAGGAUUUGAGGUUGUCGUUGGGUAUGAGCGAUCAGUUGGAGCAGCCCCUGCCUUUGGCCGCUGCUGCAAACGAGGUGUACAAACACGCAAAGCGCCUCGGUUACGGGGAACACGACGCCUCAGCGGUGUACAUUAGAGCCAGGUUCUAACGGGAUCUUCAGCUGCUGUGGCCAAGUUUUUGCUAUACCAUAUUUAUUGCAAUACCUAAACUCGUCAACGGACGGUAUCGGAAAAAGUAAUUAACGUUAUCUUCCAGGAGGUCCAGGAGGCGACUUUAUAAUGCAUAAAGAUCUAUGCAUGUGUGCGUGCGCGUGUGUAAAAAAAAACGAGUAAAAGAGUGCGUGCUCCUCGUGUCCACCAUAGCUCGCUUUUCUUGGCUUUCCACUCGCUGGAAUCGUUCAAACCAAAGUGAUAAUAAUGGGAAGAUCGAGAGGGGGAAAAAAUGAAAGAAUGAAAAACUUUCGACGUGAUUGCGAUCUAAUACACAAUACACACGCGCACCUUUCUGUUUCAUUAUAAUAAUAAGGUUUCAAAAAUCUUGUCUUUGACGCAGCAGCAUUUUUGUAAUAUUUAAGUUUUUCUUAUUAAGUAGAAGCAGAAUUUCAAUUCGUAAAUCAAAGAACUUAGAAUGUGAAAGUUUCGGAGAUGCGCACUAAACACUAAUGUCAGAAAGUCGAAAUGACAUAAUUAAGCGAUGGUGAGUAGCAAGUGAUGACUUUGAUUUUUUGUAACUCUAAUGUCGGCUUCCUGGUGCAAUUUUAUAAGGACAUUGACGAGAUUUAGCACGUAGUGGAAAACAUUUACCGACAAACACUAACUUUGUGCUCGACAUCACGAUUGUAGUAAAGAAAAUGAUGUAUUUUUUAUUUUCGGUACCGAUUAAAAAUUAGUAGCUGCAAGAAAUUGCGCACAUAAUAAUUUGUAAAAAAAAGAAUUGAGGACGUUACGCGACGUCAAUCCACCCAUAUGACAUCUUCUACGAAGAUUAUUCGACUAAUGAAUUUUUGAGGGUCAUAUGGUUUCGUGUGUGGUGUUUUGAAUUUUAAUGUUGUCUCGGCACUAGACGAGAACCCAUUUAUUUUUAAUCAAGAAUAAAUAUAUUAACACCUCCAAUUCGGACCACCAGCCGCUUUUUUCAAUUACAUUUGUUUAUUCAUGGUAUUCAUAUCCUCUUUUGAAUAUUUUAGCCAUAAAAAUUGUAUCUUUUCUGCGAUCUUAUACCGAUGUUGUGAAGUUGACUUGAAAUUGGGAAGCUUUUUUUUUAAUCCACACAAAUGUAAUUGUAUCUUUUCUCAUUCCAUUUUGCGUUUCAUUUGUGUGAAGGAUUUUUUUCGAAAGUUUUACGAAUUGUUCAUUUUAAUUUUUAAAGACAUCAAAUAGUGCCUCAUGAUUACAAUUUCAUUUCAACUUUGCAACAGACCCUUAGUAUCCAAUCUUGUUUUUAAAUACGUGUGACCGGAAGAAUUGUUCGUUUAUAAGCGCGAUAGAUGAUUUUUCACUGUCAGCGGUGAACGCAUUGCAUGUCUUGCGAUCAUUGGAGAGCCGCGUAUUCUUGGAACGAUUUUCGCGGUAAAAACGCUAGAGAUAGCUCGAAAGUUCCUAGGGGAAUGUAGUUUACAUUUCCGUCUCUUGGGUACCACGAUGAACGGUCGAGUGAGUCUCCUCGAAGAUGCGAUGCCGAGCGCGUCGACUCCGUAAAAGGUAUACAUAGAAGAUAGUAUAAUUGACACAAAUACACACGCACGCACGCAGCUAACCGGCUACGCGCCAUAUCAUAACUGUAUGUAACUAGAGUACGCGAUAUUGACGCAGUUUAUUAAAAAUAACAAUUAAAUGACACGCUGUAAAUUUAGAAAAUAAUAGUGACGAAACAAAAAUGCGGCAGAGCAACAAAUUUAUAAAUUUCAGAUAUCCGUAUUGAAUCGUAUAAAUAGCUGUAACACAUGUGAGUGGAAAUGAAAUGAAAAAAGGGAGAAAGAGAGGGAGAGAAAGAUAUACAUAGGUAAGCGUGUAUGCGGGUGAGAGUCAUAUAUGCGUUACGUCAGUUGCAUCUGCGAUACGCGUUAUAUAUGUUUUGUCACAAGAUACAUUGGUUUUUGAAUAAAUAUCUAUUUGAAUUAAAA